AUGCCACGGCCUCAGCAUAAUACCACUUCCCUCCCUCGGGGCUUACGUGAUGAGCUCGGUAUCAGAGAUACAUACGGUGACAAGAAGCAGAAGCGAAAUGGCCCGGCAAGUCGAAAAGAGCGCCGCCGAGAAGAACGAAACAAUAAGAAACCCGGCAAACCAGCAGCCGCGCCUGCCAGGAGGAACACCCACUGGAGUUCUGGUUCCAAUGGAUACCGCAAAAACGAGGAUUACCGUGGAGACCUGAACGAAGACUCUCUUAGCGAAGAAGACACAAACGACAGGCGGAAAGGCAAGAAAACUUCAGCGAAACCACAGCAAUUACCAGCCUCGAAGACUGAACAACAUAGGCCACUCGUAGUGGUAGAAGAAGAAGAGGACGAGGACGACGAUGACGAAGGGAACUUCGAUGACGAUGAGAAUGACAUUGAGGACUCUGACGAGGCAGACGCAAACGUCCCACGGGCAAGUCAUAUCUCGGAAACGGUCAGAUCUAAGAUCGCCCAAGAUGAUGCCGAAAUCGCUGCUUUGGAGAAGAAGCUUGGUCUGAAAAAGGGGAAGAAGCUCCCCAAAGCCUUUGCUGAAGAUGGUCUUGAGGAGCUGAUGGGAGAUUUGGCUGAGAUUUCCGAUGAUGAUGGCAAGAAGCGGAAGCGUGAAGCUGAUGAGUGGCUUCAAAGCAAAAGACAAAAGGCUCUGCAGCGUCAGGCACCAGGUCCGGAGACGGACGAAGAUGAAGAUGAGGAUGAAGACGAUAGCGAUGACCAGAUGGAUGAUCUGGACAAGGAAAUCUUUGGAUCGGAGGAUGAUGAGGAUGAAGAGUACGCAGACGACAGCGACUUUGACGGGUUUGACGAGAAUGAGAAGGAGCAGCCCAGACAACGGGAAAACCCAUAUGUGGCGCCUGUUUCGAAAGUCGAGCCUGCAGCUGCCCAGAAGUACAUCCCGCCAUCGUUACGCGCUCGUGGAGAUCCAGAGAGUGAAGCGCUCACUCGACUGCGCCGUCAAGCUCAGGGACACCUCAACAAGCUUUCUGAGGCGAAUCUAGUUUCCAUCCUGGGAGAGUUUGAGAAGCUCUACCGAGACUAUCCCCGCCAACAUGUGACCUCCACGUUGAUCACUCUGCUGAUGACUUUGAUUGCCGAAAGGUCGGCUUUGAAUGACACUUUCAUUGUGCUCCAUGCAGGUUUCAUUGCCGCGGUCUACAAAAUCAUGGGCAUGGACUUUGGUGCUGAGAUUGUUCAGAAGAUUGUCGAAUCUAUGGAUGCUGGUGGUGACGAACGUGGCAAGUGGGAGGGGAAAGAGUACAUCAACCUCGUCUCCCUCUUGUGCCAACUCUACAACUUCCAUGUGAUUGGACAUCCUUUGAUGUUUGAUUACAUCCGGCUGUUUCUGGAGGAGAUCAAUGAGACAAACACGGAGCUUCUGCUCAAGAUCAUUCGGAACGCUGGUCCCCAAUUGCGCCAAGACGAUCCCUCUGCUCUCAAAGAUAUUGUUCUCCUCAUUCAGCCUGCUGUCGCCAAGAUUGGCGAGGGUAAUCUGUCAGUGCGGACAAAGUUCAUGAUCGAUACGAUUACCGAUCUGAAGAACAACCGAGUCAAGUCUGGAAUUGGUGCCGGGGUGACCUCGGAGCACAUUACCAAGAUGCGCAAGAUCUUGGGUUCUUUGAACAACUCCCGUGUCAUUCGCGCCUCAGAGCCAAUCAACAUCACCCGGGCGGAUAUCCAUGAUUCUUCCAAGAAGGGCAAGUGGUGGCUUGUUGGUGCAAGCUGGAGAGAGGACCCUCUGGUCUCUGCUCGCCAGGAACUAUCUGACCUUCAGGCUAAGCGUGCCGAUGCGGUGGAAGAUGAUAGCGAAGCCGAGCCGGACUUGGGCGAAAUCGCCAGAGCCCACCGUAUGAACACAGACGUUCGCCGGUCGAUCUUUGUGGCAAUCAUGUCCGCAACAGAUUACCAGGAUGCGCAAGUGCGUUUGACGAAGCUGCGCCUGAAGCGUGCGCAGGAAUUCGAGAUUCCCCGCGUUUUGUUGCAUUGCGCCAUGGAGGAGGAAGCACACAAUCCUUAUUACGCAUUGAUCGCGCGACGUCUCUGCGGAGAGUCUGGCCGUCGGCUUAAGAUGUCGUUCAUGUUCGCUCUGUGGAAUGUCUUCAAGCGAAUGGGUGAGCAGAACGACGACGAGGAUGAAGCGGAGUUUGACGCCGACGAUGAGGAGACAGGUGUGAGCAUGAAAGCCGUGGUGAAUCUGGCCAAGAUGUUUGGUAUGCUCAUUGCCGAUGGAACGCUCACUCUCAGCGUGUUGAAGAACCUCAAUUUUGCCUACCUCCAGCCCAAGACCAAGACUUUUGUGGAGCUCUUGAUCAUCAGUGUCAUCCAGCAGUCGCAAAAGCAGAAAAAGAGCUCGAAAAAGAAGCAGGCAAAGUCCGACUUUACCGACACAAGAGACGAGGAGACUCUUAUGCAAAUCUUUUUGCGAGUUCAGGAGACUCCCCAGGCUGCCAAAGGCCUGAUCUAUUUCAUCCGCAAGGUUGUUGCGAAGACCGAUCUUGUUACUGAAAAGGAGGAAAAGCUGGUUCGCUGGGGCUGCAACGUGGCGGUUGAUGCACUGAAAGCCGUCAAGGAAUGA